UCCACCAUGCAUAUGUUGUCUCUGGUCCUCUGGAUAAGGUGAGGUUACCUUCCCUCUCGUAUCCCCAAAAAAAAAAAAAAAUAGACGAUGAGAGCUCUGUGUUGCACAGAGAAACCGCCGCCGCCGCCAUCAACAUCAUCACUGCCAAGAGCAAAGGCCCAAUCUCAAACCCCUUCAAGAACCCUAAUCCCCAAGAAAACAAACAAACCCAGAGGGGAAAAACUCCAUGCAAAUCCAAAGGGAUUCGCCCCAACGCCGAAAGAACCUUCUAGAAGGUCCGACAAGCCAAUUGGGUCGGACCCAGACGACCCUCCCAUCCCAGAGGAAGUGUUCCAUAAGAUGAUGGUGAGGAUCGUGGUGUCCGUCGGGACGCCGCUGGCGGUGGGAGUGGCAAUCCUGAAAAUACUGGGGGCGAUGAAGGACAGAAACGUCUGGGACGUGCCCAUGUGGGUCCCGUUCUCGACGACGCUCGUGACGUUUGGCGCGUCGGCUCUCGGGAUAGCGUACGGCAGCUUGUCCACGAGCUUGGACCCCAACCGGAAAGGCUCUCUUCUUGGCCUCGACGAAGCCAAGGAGAAUUGGGUUGAGAUGUGGAAACAGGACUAGUUUUAUUUUAUGAUUUAUCAUACCUAAUAAUGAUGAUGAUGAUGAUGGUUAAAAUUUCUAAGUAUUUUUUUUUAUUUUGUAUAUUUCAGAUUCUUGAUUAUGGUUU